GUAACCAGGCUUAGUGAAAGGAAGUGUAGUGACCAAGAACAAGUUCCACGUUAGCGUUUUUGUUAUUUAGACGUUUAUUGGCACCCUGGAACUCAAAAUAUGACACAUGUAACCGCGCUGCACAUACUUACACCAGGUAGUCUUUAAUUCGCGUUGGAGACGGAACUUGGUUGAUGAUGUUAUCUAGCUAGCUGCUAACGUUAGCAAACAACAAUGGCUGACUGUAUGAUUUUUCACACUCAAAUUGCCUCCAUCAUGGAGAUGCUAGCGAAUGCAGCCGUGGCAGAGAUCUGUAAACUCGUAGACGACGACUAUGCAGUGUUUCGUUUGGAAAUAACUCAAAGCCAGAAAGAAAACAGAGGAUUGCGGAGGAAACUACAGCAAUUGGAACUGAAGGUGGCACGGGAGCGCGCAGAGAGGACAAUUAGAGAGCGCGUCCUUGCCAGUCGUCCCAGCAGUGUCAAGAUCCUCGACCGGUACAGAGGAAUGGCAAGAGGUGAAGGACAUCUCACUGGAGGCCACAGGAGCUUUGUGAAGCCAGCGGGACACAACACAUGGAGAGAUGACCAACCCAUCACUGUUGAUGAGGGGAGUGGAACCUCAACCCAGCACGUUAUUGUGAUUGAGUCUGCAGAUGCAGAGGCUGCAGGUCCUGGGGUCAAGCUGGAGAGGUCUGAAGGAGAGGAGGACGCUCAGCACAGCAGAGACAUCCAGACUGGAGCAGUGGCUGGAGUGGCAUCUCCUGUAGCCACCGAGGACCUCGCCACCGCUGCAGCGCCUCAGACCAGGACCGGACGCAGCAUCACGGAGGAGGAGGAGGGUCCAGAGGUGCUGCUGGUGAAGGAGGAGGGGUGUGAGGAGGGUCUGGGGAACCCUGAGGGGACCAUGGUCAUGGAGGACAACCAGACUACACCUCCUCCUGAAACCACAGAGGAGCCAGCUGAGCAGCACAGGACCACACACAGUCUCACUGAGUCAGUAGACAUGGAGGAUGGGAAGCCUAAUCUGCUGAUGGUCAAAGAGGAGACAAUAGAAGAUGGACCAAAGAGCAUUAAUCUGCUUAGUGGAAUAAAGAUGGGGGAGCAAGGUGGUUGGCUGGAGGCUAACAGAGGAGACUGGGGAGACGUCAUGGAUUCCCAGACCCAGACUGGUGCAGCCAAGGGCCCAGGGGACAACAUCACUGAGCAGGCCAGGACCAGAGGUGACAUAGUGAAGUCUGCAGUCCAUGAGGACCUGCUGAUAUCCAGUGUUGCUGGUGGGAGAGACUGGACCUCUGAAACAGCUGGUCACAAACCCUGGCACCGGAUCAGAACCCUGGAUCAGGAGCCUUCGCUCUUACUUCCCGAGUCGGAACCGGGACCGAACCACGAAGGAGAGAGACUCCACCACUACACAGAACACAACCAGUGGACAGGUGGAUUGAAUAAUCUCAGUCCUGGUGGUCAUCCAAGAGACCAAGGAUCCAGUCUGCAGCCCAGACCCUUCUCUUCACAGUCUCAGUGCAGGGAUGGACCAGGGCUUGGGGCUGAUAGAGAUAGACCCUCCUGUUCCUAUGAUACAAACACCACAGUAUCCAUUAUGAACAGAGCAGGUCACCCUGCACUUCAGCCAUCACAGAGAGUGGUGGGAGACCCCCCUGGUGGUAGUCUAUCAGGAAGUCUGUCUUCUCCUUCAGGAUCUCGUCUAAUGCCUGGUGACGGCGUUCAUAGAAAGCCUGGACCUGGGUCUAGCCUUCCUCAGCUACCUCAUGGUAACCCCAUGAAUACAGACAAGGUCAGAAUGGGCGUUCACCACGAGAGUUACCUAGCCUAUAACACAGCAGACAAUCCCAACAACACCCAAACAAUGGCUAGAGGUCAAGGACGGAGCUCAAAUACUCCUGCUUCUACCUUCUCUGGUGUCAUUGGGUCACAACGUGGGGGGCCGAGCGUUAGGACUGACGCCAACAAGCCGUAUGCCUGCCCCACGUGUGGGAAGUGCUUCGCUGAAGCGUACUAUGUGAAGAUGCACCAGACCGUUCAUACCAAGGAGAAGCCCUUCAAGUGCAAACUAUGUUACAAGAGCUUCUCCUUCCUGACUAACCUAAUCAGACAUAGGAGUGUCCACAAUGGGGAGAAAUCGUAGCAGUGUGGCUUGAUGUACACAGGGGAUAUCUGAGAACCAUUCUUUAGCUGACAUGUUAUAGUAAGAAGGUAAUCAACCACUUACCCUUCAUUAACCCUUUUGUUAACUUGUCAUUUGAAACAGGCUAGUAAAUACCUUGUUUUUAGAGAAAUUGUAAACCUAGGCUAGAACUAGAAGAGUUUAAUAUUUACCUUACUGGAGGUGAUGUAGUCAUUAUUUUCUAUUCUGUUCUAGCUAACACUAAUUUCUAAACAAGUCUGCUCUCAGUUUGAAAGAUACUGAUCAUAGGAUAUCUGAUGUGUAAUGUCAUAAGAAGUACCGUAUUUCAAAGAACAGCAAGUAUACCUUUAACAUUUAACCGCACCCUUUGAGGUAUGACGCAAACCAAUAAGAUACAUUCUCUUCAGAGUAAGUGGAGGUAGGUGGAAACGGGAAGAGAUGACUGACACAAUGGCGGAAACUGAUGUUUUUUUUAAACUGCUGGCGAGUGAAGAUGACAGUGAGAAUGAGUGGGUUUCACUGGCGAAAAAGAAAGGAAAUGAGAAGUAAAGUUGUGGUGGACAAUAGGAAACUCUUAGACUGGUUUUUGAUUGGAGUGGAGGUUUUGGACCAAUGGAACCUGGGAGAUGCAUUUGAAGUGGCGUCAGUGAGAGUCACAAGAAGUGGGCUUAUUUCGAUUUUCUUUUGUGUGUCGAGACAUGACAGGUGUCUCAAUCAAUGAGAGAAGACUUGAAAUAGACAAGAUGGCGGCGUACACAUUGUUGGAUACUUCGUGGAGCAGAAAAAGUAUUUAUUUUAAUAACAGCAUUUAUCUCAAUUCAAACGAACCCCUUGCAACUGGACACAGACAUUUUAUGGGGCUCCUGUUUCCACGAAUUGAGGACGAAGAAAAGGAUCUGUGCUACACCAAACAGUACCUAUCCUGUAACACCCAUUAAUGGAUACCAAAAGUAUUCGGAUGAAUCACAUCUGGUGUAACAAUCUGUAGCUAAGGAUGUACAAGGAAUCCUGUACAUGAAGGUACCGCCCUCACAGGCCUCUGGACCUGUGUAGGGAUUUGAUUUGGAUUGGACUGUGAGUGACUGAAGAAGUGGGAUGGUUUUAAUUGAUCUAUAUUUGUUUUUCGUGUAUUGUCACCCCCCACUUUCCCAAAAUGGAUUUUAGAGGGUCCACACAGGGGGAAAACCCUAAAGCUGCCCCCAGUGUGAGAAGAAGUUCUCCCGCCAGCACCACCUGAAGAUGGUCCACACGGGCGUGAGGCUGUUCGCCUGUAUGCACAGCGGGAAGAGGUUCUCAGAGAAGAGCUACCUCAGGAUACACCAGCAGAAAAACCAUUACACUCUAUAACAUAGAAAGUAACCAUUCCACUCGAUAGCUUCUGAUGUUUAGAUCAAGCAUUAAAGACAGAUUAAUUUUCAUUGUUGUCAGCAGAAAAUAUCAUUUGGAAUAACGAGAGUAACAGAUUUCAGUGUUGAAUAUUCCUGGAUAGGAUAUUGCAUCCAGACAUUAAGUGUCUUAUAUAUCGUGUUUGUACUGUGUAGGCUAAAUGAUAUUCACAAAUUCCUUUUUAUUACUUUCAUUCAACUACUUUAUUUUUACCUAAAGACACUUUGCAGUUUUGUUGUUUAGACGUGCGUGUGGUUCUAUUGCUAACACUGGUUUCAAUGUGUCACUAUGGGAUUUGCUUGGGGGCAGAUUAUUUGUUUGAAGUAUCCAAUCACACAGCAUCUGUUGGAGACAGAGAGUUCGAGUGGCGCCUACUGGUCAACAAGGAUUAUCCCUCAAUCUCCUGCUUUACACAGAGCCCUGGCAACUACUGUUAACGCAGGGAUCUUUUGACCCAGAGUUCCCCUGUCCGGUGUCUGUGUUCUUUUGCCCAUCUUAAUCUUUUAUUUUUAUUGGCCAGUCUGAGAUAUGGCUUUUUCUUUGCAACUCUGCC